GUGGGAGGAUGUGGAAAUAGGGGAACCCAAGGAGGAGAGAUUCGCGUGAAGAACAAAGCCAUCGGGAUCCAACUUCAUCGAUGUUUAUUUCCGUAAAGGGGUAUACAAGGCACCCACCAUGCCCUUCACACCAGGCAUGGAGGCUGUUGGUGAGGUAGUAGCUGUGGGACCUGGACUAACUGGAAGGAAAGUUGGAGAUAUUGUAGCCCUAUGCUGGCGGUCCAAUGGGCUCAUAUGCUGAAGAGCAAAUUCUCCCAGCAAGUAAAGUUGUGCCCGUCCCUCCUUCCAUUGGUCCAGUUAUUGCAGCAUCAGUCAUGCUGAGAGGGCAUGACAGCUCCAAUUUCUCCUGCGUCGCUGCUUUAAGGUUGAGAAUGGACACACAAUCCUUGUCCAAGCUGCAGCUGGUGGAGUUGGAUCCCUAUUGUGCCAAUGGGCUAAUUCCCUUGGGGCAACUGUCAUUGGUACUGUGUCAACUAAGAGAAAGGCAGCUCAAGCUAAGGAUGAUGGUUGUCAUCAUGUUAUUAUCUACAAGGAAGAGGAUUUUGUUUCUACGUGUUAAGGAGAUUACAUCGGGCAAUGGGGUUGAUGUUGUCUAUGACUCAGUAGGAAAGACACGUUUCAGGGAUCCUUGGAAUGCUUGAAGAUUAGGGGCUACAUGGUGAACUUUGGCAGUCCUCGGAA